CGUGCGGGGCCUGGGGCAGGGGAUGAGGUGCCCCCCGUUCCUCUCAGGGCGGGCCGCCCUUGCCGCGGGGCAGUCGCAGGCCCCUGCGCUGCUAGAGCGGUGUGCUGUGCCUCCCCCUCACCCGGGGGCCGCCUUGCUGCACCCCGGCCGGGCCGGGCCGAUGCGGGGCAGCCCGCGGUACCGGCUUUGCCACCGCGGCGGUGAGUAGUUCCUGCGGCGUUGCAGGAGGCGGUGAGCUAGCGUAUGGGACUGUUCGCUGCUGAUGGUGUCUUCUUGGUGUAACCUGGGUUGCUUCCUUGCAUGUAAAGUGACACAUCAACAGUAAACUUCCUACUAAAAGUAAUAAACGCAACAUGCAGUGGACUCUAAAAGAAGCUGUCAUCUUGUAAUGGGAAAAAAUGGAGCUGACCAUGCCAUGGCUAUGGAAGAAGGAUCUAAUGAUUUGUUCAUAGGCAACUCUAAUAGUACAGGAGAGUCAGAAACAAAUCAUCAGGUUUUUCAGCAUCUAACCUGCAUGGAUUCCAGGGAUCCAUUGUUUGGACAGAGUGACUCUCCGGCAGCCUUGCCUGUUGGGGUACGCAUCUCUGGCAGUUCUCCAUCAUCGGCAGCACCCGCGCGGCCACCCCAGCUGCAGCCUCACUCUGCAGAGGAGUUCCAGCUGGCAGACCAAACUGGGCAGCCUCUCUAUGAGCUGCAGCCCCUAGGGGGGCCCAGUGCACCCAUGGUGAGUAAGUGUGAAACCCUUCAUCAGAUGAUUGUUGCCAGCCAGUCAGAAAAUGGACAGGUGCUGCAUGUCAUUCCCUCUGCCCAGCCAGGAAUGGCCCAAGUGAUUAUUCCUCAAGGUCAACUUCUGGAUGUGGCCAGCACACAGGAUGUUUUGGAAGAGAAGUGUGGUGAUGGGAACUUGCAGACUGUGGCGGUGGCUGCUAUAGCAGACAAUGCAAGCAGUUACAUUCUACAUCCACAGGCAUCUCUCACUGUAUCGAAGAAAACAGCCACCAGGGUUGUGGAAGAUCCCUUUCCCAUCCCUCUCCAGCCAUUGCCACCAAAUACACCUGCAUGGGCACGUCGUCUCAGGAACUGUGAGAAAAUUGGGGACUCGUACCGCGGCUAUUGUGUGAGCGAGACAGAAUUAGAGAGUGUACUAACGCUACACAAGCAGCAAACACAAAGUGUGUGGGGGACGCGCCAGUCUCCAAGCCCAGCCAAACCCGCCACACGGUUGAUGUGGAAAUCUCAGUAUGUCCCAUAUGAUGGGAUCCCCUUUGUCAAUGCAGGAAGCAGAGCCAUUGUAAUGGAGUGCCAAUAUGGGCCAAGGAGGAAAGGGUUCCAGCCUAAGAAAGCUGGUGAGCAGGAAAGCACCUCUGGCCAUGUGUACAAAGCCACCUGUCCAGCAAGGAUCUAUAUUAAAAAGGUUCAGAAGUUCCCAGAAUACAGGGUUCCUACUGACCCUAAAAUUGACAAGAAGAUCAUAAGAAUGGAGCAGGAGAAAGCAUUCAACAUGCUGAAGAAGAACUUGAUAGAUGCUGGCGGUGUCCUCAGGUGGUAUGUACAGUUACCCACUCAACAAGCCCACCAAUAUCAUGAAAUGGAAACUUCCUGCCUCCCCUCUUCACCCUCCCAUUUUUCUGUGUCUUCUCCUGAGGAGGAGGAGGAAGUUGUUAGAGAUGAGAACUGUACUCUGCCUUCCCGACUUCAUCCUCAAGUGGCAGACAAGAUCCGAGAACUGGUGUCUCAGGGAAUAGAGCAGGUCUAUGCAGUGAGGAAGCAACUAAGAAAGUAUGUGGAAAGAGAAUUAUUCAAGCCUGAUGAAGUGCCAGAAAGACAUAACCUGUCCUUCUUCCCCACUGUGAAUGACAUCAAGAACCACAUUCAUGAAGUGCAGAAGUCCCUGAGGAAUGGCGAGAUGGUGUAUAAUUCGGAGAGUAUCCCAGCAAUGCUGCAGUGGACCACAGACAGUGGGAAUGUUCUCACAGAAACAGUGACUGUUACGUUUGCCUCACCACCUUCAGAUGGGAGCUCAGCAUGCGAGUCAGUCGUCAUGAAAGCAGAAUCCAACCAGAGCGGGGAGACCGUGCUACCAGAAACAGCCCAACUGUUGUCUUCACUCUCUUCUCUUCAGCCCAAGAUAUUUGCACAACUUCAGGGAUUACAGCUGCAGUCAACUUUUACCUCCACAAAUGGAUCAACAGCCCUGAUAGCUGUAAAUAACCAUUCCCCUUCUAGCCCUGCAAGUCUCCUGGAUUCCAUAGGGAGUGCAGUAACCAACCAUUCUCUAGUACUUAGUCAGGGACACAGCCUGCAAGCAGGUGCGGGCCUAACACAGUACAGUGCUGCUGCCUCUGCUUUUGGGACUCCACCUGGCUCUGAUCAGAGUCUGGUCACCAUGGGCCAGUUGGUAGCAGUUGGAGGGGUAGAUGACUCCAGAAGCCUAGAAGGAGGAGUCCAUCAGAUACUCUUGGGAGAUGUACAGACUAUUCCAGUACGGAUUGUGGACAGCCAUCCAGCACUUACUGAAGAAAAUUCAGAGGGUGUUAUCUGUGUGAGCCAAGUUAAACAAGAGCCAAGAGAAAAAGCUUUGUCUAUGGAGCCAGAUAAAAUCAGAGACUGCUGUAGUUCCUCACCUAUUUAAAUCUGUGAAGCCUGGAAGGAUUUUUCAAAUCGGAGAACUUGGAAGGAAAGGCGGGUACUCUCAAAGUAAUGCCGUUCUUUUUAAAUCAUAUUGUGACAUUCAGACUAGGCAUAUUUUACACUAGUUCUGACAGACAGCUGUUUUAUUUUGACUGAUGUGGCUCACUGCCAAUCCCAGGUCAUUCACUUGCCCUGUGGAACACCACUUCUCUCUUCUGUUUCAAGUUUUGAGUAAUUUGGAUGCUAUCCAAAUGGCCUGUUUUGGUCAGCAUUUCUGAAGGUCUUCCACAAUUUAAUUCCUUAGCUUUAGAAUGUGGAUCACAAUGCUGGGUUUACUUUUCUCCUUGAGACCCUCGACUGUUACGGCACUACAGAGACCAUAGAAUCUGCCAGCUCCAAGACCACAGAACCCAACAGCAAAGUGUACCUAUACAGCAAUGGUUUUGUGAAAAGUGAAGGUCCGAGACGCUAAAUUUCAAAGUGAUGAAGGACAUGGAUGCUUAAGAAAAUGCAACUUUAACCUGAUCUAAUGUUAAUGGUGUGAAGAUCAAGGAGAAGAGAAAGGUCAGAAGCUAUCCAGCAGGUCUAUCCAACAAACAAUAUCUAAGCUGUUCUUUCUGCUUCCCCACUCAAGAAAUUGUACAAGCCUGCAAGGGACAUGGAGAUCAUGAAGAAGUGUGUAAGAUCUUAUGGGAGGACCUGCAGGAACAAAAUGGAGGAGACUAAAGGUUAAUGACAUGACUUCUAUAAAGCCCACAUUCUUUGGUGGGAGGAAGAGGAUUUUUCAAUAAAGAGUAAAUCUUCCUUUUCAGAAGUGUUAGAAUUACUGGGUCUCUCUAAUCUGCUUCACUCUAACAGAGCUAAUCUGGAGAUAAAUUCUGAGGCUGUGCCCAUGUGUUCUGCAAUACUUGUUGAGCAGAAUAAAAACUUUCCAUUUCUUCCAGCUCGGAAGAGCUGCAUUUGUGAUUCCACCUGAUGCACAGCUGCUUGUAUUUAUCUCCUCAAGGCUCGUGGAAUUCUGCUUUCCAGCUGAAGGGAAGAUAGAGGUCUCCCUGUAUGAAAACUUGAUGGGCAGUGUACAUAGUCUGAGUGAGUUGGGAGCACCUAGAACAGUCACCAUCAAGCAUGCUGUAACUUAGAAAUAGGAGAUGGUAAAAGAAACAAGCAACUGAAGAAGAUAAUGAUAAAAGUAGGUAUUCUGUACCUUCUUCACAUGAUACCUUUCCUUAAACAUCUUGAGAGAAACACUGAUCAGCAGUGAGAGAAAAACAAAUGUCAAUUUCUCUCCACCCCCAAUUUACAGUUUAAAAGUGGUUUUGCAAAUUAGCCACAAGUUUGGCCUAAAAAGUAUCUUUUAACCUAGAUCGAAGUGUGCAAUGUUUAAUUCCUAAAGGACCAUGCUAAAAACUCUGUUGUGCUUUGUCAGGUUGCUAUUCUUUUAGACAUAAAUUUAACUUUUUUUCACAGAUAUUUCUCUUAAAGCUAAAAUUAAAUGGGAGAGAGAAUUGGAAAUGUUUGCUUCUUACAGAUUACACUUGUCAGUUUUCUGAAGUGUGCAGGUGUUUCCUCCUUGGCUUCUACUUCUAGCUCUUAGUUCUCUAUGUUUUGGAUGUUUUCUCAGGAUCACUUACCUCCGAGAGUACUCGAGGUACUGGCAAGAGACCAGAGUGGAGAACAGAAGAGGAAGUGUUUUUAAAAAGCUGCUUACAGGAGAUUGAAAGCUGUCAAAGUUACAGUUUAGGAUUGCAGUUUCUUCUGGCUGAAGUGGUUCGAUUUAAAUGUGCACUAGUUUUCUUCUGAAUGCAAACUGGUGUAACAACUCCAUGUUCUUGGCUGUUGACAAAGCUGUUAUCACAUCUGAGGUGUUCUGUACAUGGGAGGAGAUGGAGAAAGCGGGGACCUUCUUACUGCUACUGAGAACAGAUGAUCUCUGGAAAGGGGGCUUUACCAGUUUUGAAUCAAUACCUUCACAAUAAUUUGGUGGGUGCACAGGUUUUUCAUUUCCGGUUCUAGUGCAUGUCUAACUUUGAACGUAAUACAAGCCAUAAAAUUACCUCUUCCUGCCCUCCCCAUGGGUUUUUUUGUCUCCUGCCACUGUAGUCAUACUCAGCACUUUUGGGGAGUGGGGGAAUUGUUUUAACACAUUCUCAUCUUCCACUUUUCUGCCUUUCUCCCAUUGCCUUUCCCUCACAUCCAGAGCAGCACAGAAACAAAAAUUUCUUUUUUGAAAAAAAGUGCUUUAUCCUCUGUUUCCCAUGUUUGGGGAUUAAUUUUCUCCUGCUUUAUUGUGCUAGAGGUUAAUUCCUUGCAUGACUGAAAUGUAAGAUGCUGUUAUGUUUUGCUUGAGGAGGGGGAGGUACUGGGUUGAGCUCCACUGCCACCUUCACUCCAGAAGUUCUUGCAGGAAGCACCUGUCACAGGUUCUGCUCCUGCACCUGUGUCUCCACAGAGGCCAGCACAACUGCAGAGCUGUGCUGCUGAGAGAAGUGUCUUGCGCUACAUGUACCAGCAAAUUCAGUACAAAUAACUGCCCGUCUCCCCCUUAUAUUGUUUUAAAUCGACAUCAGUCUGUGGUCUGGCCCAUUGUGCACCCCACAAAUGACUCUUUGGGCACAACUUGAAGGGAAGUACCAGAGAGGGUCAGGAAGUUCUUAUCUCCAGCUUUUAGGUUAUGCUUCUAUAUUGAGUGCAUGUGCCCAGGUGUGGGUGGCCCUGUGCAUGACACAGCUGGUUCCAGCCAGCUCUACAGUGGACCCACUGCAGGACACAGCUGAGCUCAUCAGUGAAGCUGGUGGCACCUCUGAAAGCAUAUUUAAGAAAAGGCAGAAUGCUUGCAUGGCACAGAGGAGCGAGGAAGAAAGUGAGAGAAACAGUCCUCUGUACACCAAGGUCAAAGAAGAACGAGAGGGAAGAAUUGCUUCAGGUGGUGGAAGAGCUAUUUCCCUGCAGCCCACAGAGGACCCCAUGCUGGAGCAGGUGGAGAUUUCUUGAAGGAACUGCAGUCCACUAGAGGGGCCAUGCAGGAGCAGGCUUUGCUGAAGGACCUGCAGCCUGUGGGGAGGACCCAUGGUGGAACAGGAGAAAAGCCUGAGAAGGAUGGAGCGAUAGAAAGGACCUGUUACAGACUGACUGCAACCCCCCAAUCCCCUUUGCCUUGUGCUGCUUCAGGCUGGGGGGAGGUAGAAGGUGUGAAGUUGAGCCUGGGGAAAGAGGGCACCAUGAGGGGAAGGUGCUGUUUUAAUUUGUAUUUGUUUCUCACUGGUUUAAUCUAUUUUAAUCGGCAAUAAAUUAAUUUUCCUCAUGUCAACUCAAGUACUUGAAAUUUAUACCUAGACUCAAGUCACAGUGGAAAAUACUGAUUUCUCUUUGAUCACUGCAAGUUGCUAUGCCUUUAAUUUUUUAAGUAGGACACAAAAUGGAUCAAAUUCUGAUUUUUAAGAAGUUUUUCUGUGUGUAGAAAGGAGUGCACCUCGUUUGAGUCAGGAGUUGCAUUUUUGAAUGUAUUCUACUUAGGCCUUUCAAGUUCCGCUUAUUCACCUUUUCACUAGAGUGAAUCUCAGCUGCAGAGUCAACUCAGGAACAGGUCUAAUCCAUUACAUUUCUGCUGAAAAAUACCAGCUAUAUUUUUACAGGUUUGAGAAUGGGAGAAUCCUUCUGAGGAAAGGAUGCUGCAGCAGUAGAUUCUGCUUUAUCUACUUCGGUAGUGUUCUUACAGAUGUUAAGAAUUCGGCAUCUUCACAGCAUUAUACCUAGCCGUGCUUCAGAAACGGGCAGGCUUUGGGGUGAGUGGCAUCUGGUGAAAGUACUGUUAAUCUUGUGAAAAGAAAUAAGCAGUUUGGGAAUGAGAUUUAUAUUCCUGUGCUUUUCAGAGAUUAUUAUUCUGAAUGAGAAGGGAACUUCCUUAGAAGGUAAGUUUUGUAUGUGGGAUCUCAUACCACCUACCAAAGAUAUCUGGCACUGGCCACCAAGGGUAUCUAGACUAGGUGACAUCACGCACUUAAGGGUUUCUAAUAGGGGCACUUUUUGGAAUACAGAGUUGGUGGAUAGCUUCCUAGCAUUAGCUAAAUUAAUCUUUAAUUUCUUCCUCUCUCUCUAUGUCUUUUUAUGAAAGGAAGAUUUUCUGUUAAAAGGAACAUGGUUAGUUGUUAGUUGUCUGUAUGGAGAACACAAAGCUAUUUGUGGUGGAUAAAGAAGACUUCUUUGAUAAUAAAUUAGAUGAGCUUCAGAAAGGAUUGCACUGUCAUUAGAACUUCAAGUAAUUUCUUCCAGUGAUACAACUCACUUUGGAUUAUUGUCUUACUAUUUACUUAUUGUAUAAUCUAUUCCAUAAGCUUUCCUGGCUAUGUCAAGGCCAUAGAAGAAAUGCAUAUAACAAUUUUCUUUUCUCUUGAAGUUUUACAAAAGGGAAAAGAAUUCCCUGGUUUGCAGUCUCAGACAGCCAUGCUUGCUUAGCCACCAACUGUUCUGGAAGAAUACAACAGUAUCUGAGUUCCCUAGCCACCAAAAAAAUCUUCUAGGCUGAAGUACUCCAUAAAUUUGUGAGCUUGGAUCAGGCAAAGUGAAUUUGGCAUAUUUAGGAAAAAAAAAAAAAAAGGCAAACUACUGUGGAACCAAAUUUAGCAUCUUCAGGAGCUGUAGCUUAGGGUUUAUUAGUUGUAAUUGUAAAAGAAUCAAUGUUUCCAUAGUGAAACAUGUUUUUAUUCAGCCAGUUCAAUCUAUGAAAAAAAGUGUCUCCAUUCCUUUUAUUUCAGACUUGUGAACUUCUUUGCAAAAUGUUCCAAGAGAUCACUAGAGAGAUUAGUUAAUAAGUGCAAAAUGUGAAAGUUUCACUGUGGACAGGUGACAACAAAAGAUACCAUAAAGCCAGCCAGCAUAAUUAUUAUUAGUAAGGUAAAGUCUUUCAGACAUUAACUGCAGCCUAAUACUUUUGGUGGUAUGAUGACAUUUAUUCUGGUUUUGAAAGCAAAAAUAGUAAUUAUGAGCCAUUGCAGAAAGAACUGGGAAAUAAAGCACUUUGUAAAACACCAGUCUGUGUGGGUUUGGUUUCUGUUGGCUUUGUCAUGCUGUUACUUGGCAUUCAGCUCCUUUACG